GUGAGCUUUGUUGCACGCCAAGAUGGCAAGUUGAACUGCGAAACGUCCUGUUAUUUUCUGCACCUGGUCCAGCAGCGGGUUGUUGACUCCAGUCGGUGCAGACCAGUGAGCUGUAACCAGCUACAAGCUGUUGCCACAAUGAGUCUGGUUCUUCAUGAUCUCCUGGUCUGCUGCAGAGGGUUGGAAAAUGACAAAGCUACAGAGAGGAAGAAAGAAACUGAACGGUUUAGAAGACUCAUUCGUUCUAAUGAAGUGAUGGAAGAAUUGGAUCGUACCUCUGGGACCAAAGCUAAAGCCUCUAAUCAGCUCACAUGGGAUGCUGUUUUCAGAUUCCUGCAGCGUUUUGUCCAGAAGGAGACUGAGAGCAUGCAGUCGAGUAAAUCCAACGUCACAGUGACUACGUUGGCCACACGGCAGAAGAAGAUGGCCGAAACGUGCAGCUUAGUCAAGUUUUUCAUUCGCUGUGCAAACAAACGUGGGCCUCGUCUGAAGUGCAGCGAGCUGCUGAAACACGUGAUGGAGGUGCUGCAAAGUUCGUAUUGCUGCGCAGCAUAUGGAGAGAAUUACAGCAGCCUUCUUUUAAAGGACAUUCUCUCUGUCCGCAAGUACUGGUGUGACAUCACUCGGCAGCAGUGGCAGAGUCUUUUGGAGUUGUACUGCAGCUUGUUCAACUCUUCAUCCAAAUCCAUCAACCGUGUGCUGCUGAGCAGAGUCAUCUACGCUGUGGUGAAGGGCUGCUGCACUCAGACUGACGGAUUUAAUGACAGUUUGUUCAGCUUCUUCUCUAAAGCAAUGCUUAACGCCAGGCAGGAGAAACACCUCAGUGUCCUGGAGCAUCUCGUCUUGGCUCUGAACAUCUUCCUGAGAUCUGCCGCUAUGAACUGCCGGAUGAGAGUAUGUCGUCUCGGAGAGGAGCUUCUUCCCUCUUUAUUGAACGUCUGGGAGGACAUGAGGCCGAGUGCCAACCUGAAGGAGGAGAUUGUGGAGUUCUUCAACCUGCAGCUCCGUGUUCACCAUCCAAAGGGGGCAAAGACUCAAGACACAGGUGCGCAUGCGGAGGACUGGUCCAGGUGGCGCAACCUGCUGUACAACCUGUAUGACGGUUUAGUCAGAGAGAUCAGCCAUAUUGGCAGCAGAGGGAAGUACGUCACUGGGACCAGACACAUCGCUGUGAAAGAUAACCUCAUUGAACUCACUGCUGACAUCUGUCACCAGCUGUUCAGUGUUGACAGUGAUGCCCAUGUGCUGGAGGUCACUCAGCCCCAACACAGAGCCACGCAGAUGGGCAGUCCCUGCCAUGGAGCAGCCAGCAAGCGGCGCCGCAUAGAAAUGGGCUGGGAUGUUCUCCGUGACCAUCUGCAACCUCAGCAGAGUGACUUUGAUGUCAUACCAUGGCUGCAGGUAACAGCAGUGCUUCUCUCCAAGUACCCAUCCAUGGUGCCCGGUAAGGAGCUGGUCCAGCUGCUGUCGCUCUUGUGUCAGCUCCUGUCAGAGCAGCGUAGAGGAGAGAGGGGGGCAUAUGUGCUGCGCUGUCUGAGGGAGAUGGCCCACUGCCAGGCCCGCAUCCUUCAGAGAGCUCAACCCCACAGGGCAGAGCUGGUCAGGCUGUGGCUCCGGAUCUGGCCCCUCGCACUGCGUGGGGUCAGUUCGCCUCAGACUGAGUCCCUCAGUCUGGACCUGCUGGCCUCCAUAGUACACAGGCGGCUAAUCAAUAUGGACAGGGAGUUCUGGAAACUCUUCCGCGCAUCUGCAUGCAAACCCACCCAGAGUGCUGCUCUCUGUCUGGCCCAGGCCAUGCUAACAUGCUCAAUACCAAAGACUUUUGCAUCAAGCUCAGGUUUUGACUACAUGGUGACCUCAGAGGGGAAUCCCUCCACUAAUCUGAAAGAGAGCCUCAUAGCCUGGCUGCUGAUGAGUGACCAGAAUGAAGAGAUGGAGGACAGCUGCACGCCCCACCCCAUCAUCUGCAGAGACUUCCCUCAUAAUCUUAUUGCAAGCAUUCUGGUCUCACUGACCUUCAAGGACACCAGUGCUGGGCUGAAGUUCCUGCUGGGUAGUGAAGGACUAAAAGGUGCCGUUAGUCAAGACGAUUCAUCCGAUGCCAAAGACAAAUUGGAAGACAUAGAGAGACUGUACCAGCAGUUCAGCUUCAACACGCUGCCAUCAGAAGUCAGAGCAACAGACGAUGAGUCGGUAAAGAUGGCAUCAGCUGACGUUCAGCUGGUUGCUGUCCCCACCCUCAGAAACAAGCUGGAGCAGUACCUGCUCUCUGUGGCCGACAGCCUCCUCAGCUGCUACUCCCCCGAUUCUCAGUCCACGCCUCCUGAGUGCCUGGUGCGCUGUUUCAGCCAGCUGACGGGUGUGCUGGCAGGUUUUGUCGCGGCAGGGCUUGUGACUGAAGAGGAGGCCUGCCGCUCUCCGCUUUUCACCAAAGCAAAGGCUGUGGCGCAGGACCUCAGUGGCUUUGUUUCCAGUGUCAAAGUGAAAAUGAACGAGGAGGGAACCAUGUCAGCACUCAGAUCACUCAUGAAGCUUUGCACACAGUGUACCAACAGAGCAUCUAUGGACAAAGUUAGAUCGAUCUCCUCUGGCUUAUUCCUGAUGACUCUGCCUGCCAGCCUGCUCAGUGAACUGGCAGAAAUCUGCAAACUGCAUGUGUUGAACAAUGUCUCUAAGCGGGUCAGUCUCACGGAUGAUGACGAACAAGGGGAUGAUGAGUGGGAAAUGACAAAACAUCCUCAGGCUGGUGACGGCAUCGACCUGUUUGAAGACGGCGAGGAGGCCCACAGCAGUUCCAACGGGAGUCACAGACAGAAAGAGGACAAUGCUGACCCCUGUGGCCCAGGUGCCAAAAGCCUGCUAACGGAAGCCUAUCUGGGAAAACAGGACCUGGCUCUCCUCGCUGUCUUGAACUUCCUGUGCGAGUGCAGCUCUGCUCCGCCUCUCCACGGCCUCCUUUUCAAGCCUCAGGAGGUGCGGCGCAGGCUGCUGCUCCUGCUGGAUCAGAUUGACUUCGGGAAAGCUCUGCACCUCAACAUGUAUUUCGUUCUGUUGAAGAAGCUUCCUGCUGAAGACUCGCUGUCUCCGGAGGAGUUUGACGCUCUGCUCCGUCCUCUUGCGGACUUGUGUUCUUUGUAUCGUCAGGACCAGGAAGUCUGUGCUGCUGUGCUGCUCAGUUUGUUACCGUCCAUUCAGAGCCUGGGGAAGACCCGUCACAUGCCCGAGGAGAUGAAACAUGUUCAGGGAUCUCUUCUGCAAGUUCUGUCUGGCUUCUGUUUCUUGAGCCAGACGGGAAAAUGUGUGGCGACUGUCCGAGCUGCGUUGGUUCAGUGUCUUGUCACCUUGCUGGAGGCUGACCCUCUGUGCCACUGGGCUGUCCUGAACCUCAGAGGGGCCGAAACAGAGAAAGACUCUCCUGUAUCGUUGGUUCUUCCGUCUCAUCUGGCAGACGCACACCACCAAGUCCGCAUGCUGGUAGCUCUGUCUGUGGAGAGGCUGUUCCUUGAUUUGAGACCAAAUUGCUCAGAUAAGAGGAAGAUGUUGCCACUAAAACACCAGCAAGCAGCAUUUGAGAACAUCUACCUGAAGGCUCAAGAGGGCAUGAGGAUCCCGAGGGGCAGCUCCUCAGAGGAUCAGCUGGACGAAGUGUUGAAUCGCAAAGCCACUCUGCUGAGGAGUCUGUCUGUGGUGCUGUGCUGUAGCCCUGUGUGUGAGAAACAGUGCCUGUUUGCACUCUUUCAGUCCUACAAGGAGAACAAUGUUGAGGAGGACCUCAUCAAGAAGAUGUUGUGCAGUGUCUCCAAAGUGAAGAGCUGCAGGAGUGUGAAAACAUUUGUCACUUCUCACCUGAACUACCUGGUAGCAGAGUGGCUCGCACAGAGGCAGUCAGAUGACCGCUACACUCUUGGAUCUUUCCCCUACAGCCUGCUGGACCAGAGCACAGUCAAAGAUUUCUACAACUCUUAUUACCAGGUGCUGAUCCCUCACCUGGUCUUUUUGGACGACUUUGAGCAGGUGAGGUCCAUCGGGCGGUGCCUGGAGAGGGACUGGAGGCACUUACUAGCCGACUGUUUCCCCAAGAUUAUGGUGAACAUCCUGCCAUACUUUGCCUUAAAAGGCCAGGACUCUCAGGUUGCACAGCAGAGAGAGAAGGCACACCGAGUGUACGACCUCCUCAAAGAUGGCAGCUGUCUGGGCAAACAGCAAAUCGACAGCCUGAUUCACAGUAACUUGGCGGACAUCGUAGUGGAGCUGCUGAUGACUCUGUAUGAAGGCUGUGGACCAGACGGAGACCUGAAAUGCUUUACAGGAGAGCUGGAUCCCGUACCAAAUCCGCCUCACUUCAGCUCGUACGUCAUCAAAGCCACUCUGGACUACCUCAGCAAAUGCCACAGUGCCAGCCACAAGUCUCUGGUGGCCAUUCUGUCUAAAACCCCGCAGAUUUCCAUCCAGAAGAUCUUGCUGGCAGUGUGUGAAAAAGCAGCAGAGACGAGCAACAGCUACGAGCGCCACCGCAUCCUCCUCAUGUACCAUUUGUUUGUCAGCCUGCUGCUCAGGGAGGUGAAGGACGGUCUGGGAGGAGCCUGGGCCUUCGUCCUCAGAGACAUCAUCUACUCUCUCAUUCACCACAUCAACAGCAGACAGCUUCACUGUGACGAGGUGUCCAACAGGAGCCUGUCUCUGUGCCUCGACCUGCUCAGCUCUGUGUGUCACGCAGCACUGCAGUUCUGUGAUGACGCUCUUGACUGCCACCUGCAGGUCAUUGUGGGGACUCUCACUGCUCUGGUCACCAGUCAGCCGUGCAUUUCUCAGCAGGUGCUUAGUCUGCUGGAGUUUCUGGUAAUAGAGAGUCAGCAGAAACUAAAAGGAGCCAUCAGCAGAUUGGAGCCGUUUCCUGACAUCCCUGAGUUCAGAGAGCUGCGCUCAGUGCAGCACAAACUCAAAUAUAACAGCGGCAGCUUCACACUGAGACAGGAAAUAACUCAUUUCCUAUCGGCAUCAUCAUGUGACUCUUUACCUCUGACCAGACUGGAGGGGCUAAAGGAGCUGACUCGGCAGCUGCAUCGCAACAAAGACCAGAUCCGAGAGCUGCUCAAAGAGUGCCAUGCUAACCCCACUGACAGUGUCCUGGUGAAACUGGUGCUCAGUCUGCUGCAGCUCUGCAAACUGGCUGCCAGUCACCCUGGAGGAAUUGACAUUCUGGAGGCUGCUGGCUCCUGUCUUGGUGAACUGGGUCCAGUUGACUUCUCCACCAUCGCCCUCCUUCACAGUAGAGACCCCCUCUAUGAGAGAGCCGCAUCCCUCUUCGUCUCCAAUGAUUUGCAGCAUCUUUACAUCAUCCUGAACUGCAUGAACGACGCUCUCACACAGCAGCGCAUUGAGAUGAGAGGAGCUGCAGCUCAGUGUGUGAAGAACAUCCUGGCCACUCAGUCUGGCGUCGACUUCUGGGACCGACAUAAAGACAACCGGGACCCCAUGCUAGCUUACCUCAAUCCAUUUAGAACAGCCAAAAACAAGGUGGCUGCUGUGACUGCUGAGGAGAGUUCAGAGGCCAAGAGGAAGCUGGAGAGUCAGGAGUUUUGGACCCCUCAGGCAGGGGCCCACCAGGCCUGGCUGAAGGCUCUGUGCACAGCACUGCUGGACAGCGGAGGGGUGAGAAGCGAGGCACUGCUGCUGUCACGACCUCUGUGUCUGGUGAUGGUGGACUGCUGCCAGAGGCUGCUGCCCCUGAUCAUCCACUCCAUCCUGCUGGACGACCCUGACGGCUCCUGGAGGGAGCUGCUCUCGUCACACAUUCAGGACUUCUUCAGCUUCUGUUCCAGGAGCGCUCAGGCCGCCAGUCGAUCCGCAACACCUCUGAACUCCGAAUCUGAGUCUGAUUCCGCAAGCCAGGGUUUGUAUGAUAAAAGCUCCCUUCGAACCAUGCUGACAGUUAUUGACUAUUUGAGACACCAACAAAGACAAGUGCAAAAUGACAGUAACUCCUGUGGCACCGUGUGCGAGUCCAACUUCUGGUUGGAGCUGAACUACCUGGAGGUGGCCCAAGCCGCUCAGUCCUGCUCGGCUCAUUUCACAGCUCUGCUGUAUGCUGAGAUCUAUGUGGACAAGAUCCGAGCCAACAUGGAGGAGAACUGCAGAACCAAGUCCAAAGCCACACGCAAGAUCACUUUCGAGGAGAACAGCCAGAACUUCACCAUCUCCGGUCUGACGGAGAAGAGCAUGGAAGACACCAACAUCAGCCUCCAGGAGCUGUUGAUUGAGGUCUAUAGAAGUAUUGGAGAACCUGACAGUCUUUAUGGCUGUGGAGGAGAAACCAUGACAAGUCCUCUCACCAGGAUACGAACAUAUGAACAUGAAGCCAUGUGGGGGAAGGCCCUGACCUCAUACGAUCUUCACUCUACUCUCCCUGAAGUUACCCGACUUGUAGGAAUUGUGGAGGGCAUGCAGAACUUUGGGCUGAGCAGCAUCCUCGCCACCUACAUGAGGGGCUUGGAGAGCGAAGGCGUGGAGUGGGGGGCUGAGCUGCGAGAGCGCCGCUUUCAGGCAGCCUGGAGGAACAUGCAGUGGGACUGUGAGCUGUCAGAGAGAAGUGACAAGUCCAACCCUGGCUUCCACGAGUCUGUGUUUUGUUCCCUGCAAGCACUGAGGGACAAAGAGUUCUCCAUAUUUGAUGACACCCUGAAACGUGCCAGGGCGGCGGAGGUGGAGGAGCUCUGCAGAGGCACCUUAGAGGCCAUAUCUUCCCUGUAUCCGCCCCUGAAGAACCUGCAGAGCAUCAGAGAGCUGGAGAGCGUCAAGCAGCUUUUCGCGAGAUCCCUCUCUGAUGUGACUCUGAGGGACGUUUGCAGCCAGUGGCGGCAGCACUCCAAGCUGCUGCUGGACAGUGACUUCACCGUGGUGGAGCCUAUCCUGGCUUUGCGCUCCAUAGCUCAGCUCACCCUGUUAUCCAGAAUGGAAGAGCCAGAAAACAACCGUCACCUCAGCUCUGUGCUCACCGACCACCUCAUGGAGCUCUGCCGCUUGGCCCGCAAAGCCGGGAAUACACAGCUUGCGGAGCGUGCGGUCUGUCAGAUGAAGCAGCACAGCGAUGGAGGGAGCUGGGUGUCCUCACCUGUUCUGUCAUGGCAGCUGGAGGAGGCCCAGGUGUUCUGGGCGAAGGGAGAGCAGGGUCUGGCUCUGGGCCUGCUGAGGCAGAUGAUACACAGUCUAGAGGAUAAGGUUGAUUUUAAUCCUGCUCUGGCUCCGCUCUACACCGAGUGCCUCAGGCUUUGUGGGAACUGGCUGGCUGAGAGCUGCCUGGAAAGUCCUGGAGUUAUCCUGGAAAAGUACCUGGAGAGGGCAGUGGAGGUGAUAAAGAGGGACUUGGGGGGCCGGGACCCCAGGCUCCAAAGCCAGCGGACCGAGGCUUUCUUGUCUCUGGCGCGCUUCUCUGACGCUCAGUACCAGAGCAUUGACAAGUACAUGAACUCAUCCGAGUUUGAAAACAAGCAGGCCCUGCUGGAAAAGGCCAAGGAGGAAGUGGGCCUGAUGAAGGAACGAAAAGUGACCCCUAACAGGUACACGACAAAGGUGCAAAGAGAGCUGGAGUUGGAUGAAACGGCGCUGUCCAAUCUGCAGACGGACCGACAGCGAUUCCUGUGCAAGGCGGUGGAGAACUACAUUCAGUGUCUGGAGCAAGGUGAGGAGCACGACACCUGGGUGUUCAGGCUGGCUUCGCUCUGGCUGGAGAGCGCUGACAUUAAAGAGAUCAACGACAUAAUGAAGAGGGGAGUGAAGCAGAUCCCAUCCUACAAGUUUUUGCCUCUUAUGUAUCAACUGGCUGCCCGCAUGGGAACCAAAAUGGCUGCCGGCGUCUCAGAGGACCCAGGAUUUCAUGAAGUCCUGAAUGAUCUCAUCUGUAAGGCGUCUUUGGAACAUCCUCAUCACACUCUCUUCAUCAUCUUUGCCCUGGUGAACGCCAACAAAGACGAGAGUUUCUGCAGGACACGGCCGUCAAAGAGCGCACCACGGCAACAAUCGCAGUUUGAUCUGGAGCGUUCAGAUGUGGCUCAAAAGAUCAUUUCUGUAAUCAGGAAGAAGCGCAGGGGGAUGAUCCGAGGGAUGGAGCGCCUCUGCGACGCCUACAUCACUCUGGCUUACAUGGACGCCAGCCGGCACAAAACCGAGAAGAAGGCCAUUCCCAUCCCUGCCGAUCAGCCCAUCAUGCAGCUCAAAGACCUGGACGAAGUGGUCAUCCCCACCAUGGAGAUAAAGGUUGAUCCGACGGGUUGCUAUGAAAACCUGGUGACUGUUAGAUCCUUCAUGCCCCAGUAUCACCUGGCUGGAGGAGUCAACCUGCCGAAGAUCAUCGACUGUGUGGGCUCUGACGGGAAGAGCAGGAGGCAACUCGUCAAAGGUCAGGACGACCUGCGGCAGGACGCGGUGAUGCAACAAGUGUUCAGCAUGUGCUCCAUGCUGCUGCAGCGCAACACAGACACUCGGAAAAGGAAGCUGAACAUCAGGCGCUACAAGGUGGUGCCGUUCUCGCAGCGCAGCGGCGUGUUGGAGUGGUGCUCGGGCACGGUGCCCAUCGGGGAGUUCCUGGUGGAUCCCAAUAAAGGUGCUCAUAAACGCUUCCGACCUCAGGACUGGACCAACCUGGCCUGCAGGAGGAAGAUGAUGGAUGCUCAGCGGCAGGGUUUUGAUGAGAAGCUGGAGGCGUACAGUGAGGUAUGCAAGAAGUUUAGACCGGUCUUCAGGUACUUCUGCAUGGAAAGGUUCCUGGAUCCCGCGGUAUGGAUGGAGAAGCGGCUGGCUUAUACACGAAGCGUUGCCACAUCCUCCAUAGUUGGCUACAUUGUUGGCCUGGGCGACAGACACAUCCAGAACAUCCUGAUCGAUGAGCAGACUGCUGAACUAGUGCACAUCGACUUAGGUGUGGCCUUUGAGCAGGGGAAGAUCCUCCCCACCCCUGAGACCGUCCCAUUCAGACUCUCCAGAGACAUAGUGGACGGGAUGGGGAUCACUGGAGUGGAGGGCGUCUUUAGGAGAUGUUGUGAGAAGACGAUGGAGGUGAUGAGGAGCUCCCAGGAAGCUCUAUUGACGAUUGUGGAGGUGCUGCUGUAUGACCCUCUGUUUGACUGGACCAUGAACCCUCUGAAGGCCUUUUACCUGCAGCACGACGAGCAGCAAGAGCUCAACGCCACCCUGAGCUCCACAAUGGGAGGAGAAGACCUCGACAACCACCGCAAAUCCAGUGACAGUCAGAGCUUCAACAAAGUGGCGGAGCGGGUGCUGCUGCGGCUGCAGGAGAAGCUGAAAGGGGUGGAGGAGGGAACGGUGCUCAGCGUGGGAGGGCAGGUCAACCUUCUCAUUCAACAAGCCAUGGACCCCAAGAACCUCAGCAGACUGUUUCCAGGAUGGCAGGCCUGGGUCUGAACCCAGAGGGAACCAGCAAGACCCAGCAGAUCAGUACUGUAUUAGUUUUGGGGAAAAGUCUGUGGAUUGUUGCACUUUAUUACAAAUGUACGAACUGAUGAGCGUUCUGAUGUUGUUUGUAAAUGAUGGUCUGUACCUGUGAUUGACCCAGUUUGAUGUGAAUGUUUUCUUUUCACUGAAGCUUGAUGAAGAGACUGAUACCGUUGACUAUCCAAAGUACAGCCUUUAUGAAUGUAGAAUGUAUGCAUUCCUUAUUUAGUGGAAUUUUUAUUCACUUCUGCCUUCCUUUUACUUUAUUAUAUUUUUGUCGUUUUAUUUCUAGCAUUGAGUAAUUAAAAAGAUCAGAAAGA